GUAAAUGACAGAUGACAGAAUCACAGAAAAUACCAAAGAAACGAAUCACCAUGAUCAUUCUAUAGCCUAACCUGCUAUUUUCAUACUUAUAAGUGAAUUAUCCAUCAUCUUCUUAAAUGAUGAAAAUCCCAUCUGACUGAUUGCAAAGAUAUUUCACUGCAUUCUUUGCAGCCAGACUGAGGCCCAGGAUACACAAAAUACUUUGUUGUAUCUAAACCCAAUAAAUUCAAGAAACCAAAAAGUGUAAUAGCAUAAACAAUUGUCAACGGAAGCCAUUUUUAUCUUGUUAUUAAUGGUUAAUAAUACCAAUAUGAGUACCAACCCAAACCAUACCGUUCUGUCUGGAGAGGAACCAGUGAAUCCUGACCAUGGGUUUCACUAUCAUUGUUCAACAGGAGAUUUGAUGGGUCCACUAGGACUACUGGUGCAAGGACUGUUAGCUUUUCUGGCCUUUUCAUCAUUAAUAGCAAAGAGGUAUUGUGAACCAAGAUAUGAAAGGAGACCAUGGAGGAUUUGGUUUUUUGACACAUCAAAGCAAGCUUUUGGAGCUUUCCUGAUCCACUUUGCUAAUGUUUUUCUAGCAGAUAUUUCCAAAGGUGGUGAUCCCUGUACCUGGUAUGUUGUCAGUUUCCUGUUAGAUUCUACCAUUGGAUUGGUUGUCAUAUAUAUUGGUCUGAAAAUCACUCAAGCUAUUGUUGAUAGAUAUAAAUGUGAAUCACUUAAAUUUGGGGAGUAUGGAAGUCCUCCAAAAUGCAAUGCAUUUAUUGGUCAAUGUGGACUCUAUUUAUUGGUUAUGAUAGUAGAAAAGAUAUUAAUGACACUGCUGAUUUCAUUUCACUUCUGGAAAGAUGUUAGAAAAUUCAUAAUGUCACCUGUAAAAGAUCCUCAUGUAGAAUUAGUCAUAGUUAUGUUUAUUAUACCGUUAGUAGUAAAUGCUUUUAUAUUUUGGGUGGUAGAUAAUUUCUUGAAGAGAAAAAUAAAGGGGACAAAAACCAUUUAUGUCACAGAACAUGAUCCGUCAGUCACUUAUCACAGACGACUAGAAAAAGCUCACUCUUAUAAUAAAAUAGAAAGGUCAGAAGAGUCAGAUUUGCUAGCAUCCACAGAUGAAGAAAUAGACAUAAGACAUAGGUCUUCAUCAACUGACCAUCUGCUGUCUUGAUGUAAGAGGAAGUUGAUAGAGGGAGAUAACUCAGAUGAGAUGCUUGCCAUGUGAUACUGUUUGGUUUUGUGAUAAUGGGUGCUAAAUCCUGUCAAUUGUCCAGUUGAGUGAUUUCUUGUGCAAUAAUAGUUGGAGAAUCUUAAUACUGGAAAUGAGAAAAAGAACUGUGUGACACAGUUUACAUGAUUUGUGUUUUUAAUCAAGAUGGAAUUUAUUGUCUUUUUAAAAUAAAGGGGUAUUUGCUUGUAACAUAUUCUGUAGGAAUGUUUUGUUUAUGUACAUUGUUUGACAGCCUUGCACUGAAAGUUCUACUUAAUAUUUGUUUUUUGUGUUACACUUGUUGUCUUUGCAUGUUGAUUGGUGUUUGUUGUUUUAUAAUGUGCUUUUUAAAAUAGUAUAAUCAAUUUAUUUAAGAAUACUAGUGUAAAUAUUAUCUUAUUAUUGCCAAAGAUGUUGACAUCAUAGUUUUCAAUAGUGAAUGUACCACAGAAGAAUUGAUGCAAUGGAAUUUAAAAAAAUAUAUGAUUGUAAAUGAUAAGGAAAAUGUAAGAGAUCGUUACAAGUAUACAUAGUUUUCUGUUGAAGUGAUAUAUCAGUUAAAACUGGUAAUAGUCUGCUGUCAACAUAUUAUGUCCCGGGUAAAAAUAUCCAGUAUUAAUCACCAUCAAUGUAUAAAUGUAAAAUUCUGAAACUCUCAUAAUUGUACAUCUAUCAUUGCAAAAUGUAUGGUCAUAAUUAUUUUUGGAACAGUAUGUCCAAAUGUUAGUAACGUAGUUUUUAAAAGCAAAAACAGAUGCUUCUUCGAAGCAAUAUACAAUAAAAGACUGCUCUCUUUAUGCCACCUUUAAAUAGUGUAAAUUGGGUAUUAAAGAAUCAGCUUUUGUUCAGCAGUUAAAUUAUAAAGAAUGACUUUUAUAUUGUAAAAAUAAUUUGACUUUUAUAACAUGGGUAACCAUGAAUUUUUCUUGCUUAAUUUCCAUGGUAACUUAUAAAAUCGUCAUGUGUAAUUUCAAAUAAUGCAAACAAUCAAUUAUAUUUAUAAAAAGCAAGGAAAAUUUGUAAAAUUUUUAUGAAAAAAACAAUUUUAAAGAGCGUCAAUUUUUUAAUAAACAACGAUUAUUUUCACCUUGCCACUAAUUUGUUAAUUCACAUCUGUUGUAAUUUUUUGUCCCAUCAAAUUUGAUGAGCUCAGGGAAAGUUUUACAAGUUACAUGAUCUUAAUUCAGUUGCAGUCCCAGUUUCACAUGUUUUUUUUUAGAAUAAGUUUUAUUUAAAACUUUAUCAAUUUGUUGAUUUUUGUUUAUUUUCUGCAUUAUGUACAUCCAGUUUUGUAAAAAAAGUUAUAAUAAUUUUAAGUUUAAGAUAUAGAUUUUUCUCAUAGAUGUUUGAAAAUUAUUGUUUUUGAAAAAGGUAAUUUUUGUCUCGCCUUGAUGGAGUCAAAAAGCGAGACAUAGGUAUGCUGUUUCUGGCGUCGGCGGCGGCUGCGUCAACAAUGUAUUAGUUUGUGAUUAGGUCUAGUUCAUGGUGAACCACUAGUGGUAAGUCAAUGAUAUUUGGUAUGCAGGUGUAUUAGCAUUGGCACAUCUUAUUACCAUGGAGAUUAUUUGGCCCUGCCCCCUCAGUCGAGGUCUAUUGACUUUGAAACUUUUCAUAGUUUACAUGUAUUAGUUUGUGAUUAGGUCAAUUUAUGGGGAACCACUAGUGGUAGGUCAAUGAUAUUUUUGGUAUGCAGUUGUAUAAGCAUUGGCAUAUCUCAUUUCCAUGGAGAUUAUUUGGCUCCGCCCCCUUAGUCAUGGUCUAUAGACUUUGAAAAUUUUGCUAAGUUAACAUGUAUUAGUUUGUGAUUAGGUCAGUUCAAGGGGAACCAUUAGUGGUAGGCUAAUGUUAAUUGGUGUUCAGUUGUAUAAGCAUUAGCACAUCUCAUUUCCAUGGAGAAUAUUUGGCCCCGCCCCCUCAGUCAUGGUCUAUUUACUUUGAAACUUUUGCUUAGUUUACAUGCAUAAGUUUGUGAUUAGAUCAGUUUAAGAUGAACUGCUAAUGUUAAGUCAAUGACAUUUGGUGUGCAAAUUUAUUGGCAUUUGCAAGUAUCUUUUCCAUGGAGAUUAUAUAGCCCCACCCCUGAUCAUGGUUCAUUGACUUUGAAAUUUUUACAUAGUUUACAAGUUAAUGUUUGUGUUUAGGUUUGUUUAAAGGGAACAACUUAUAAUAAGUCAAUGGUAUUUGGUAUGCAGUUGUAUUAGCAUUGGCACAUCUCAUUCCAUGGAGAUUGUUUAGCCAUGUACCUUCAGUCAUGGUUCCUGGACUUUGAAUAUAUGCAUAACUUACAUGUUAAAGUAUUGCUAUUUUAAUUUCAACAUUUGCAUUAUCAAAAUUACAAAAAGGCGAGACAUAUCUCUGUGAUAACAGUUUAUAUUGAAAUUUAAAUCAUUGGCAUUGAGCAUAACUAUUUCAAUUCAGAAAUUGCAACUUAAGUCAUAAAGUACAUGUAUACAAUUUUGGAUGUAUUUUUAAAUCAAUAUUAUAGUUGUGAAAGAUAUAAAUAUUGCCAUGAUAUUAGGCUGAGUUAGUAAAUUUUACAUGGUAUUUAAGUGGGUUAGUGUUUGGAAUUUUUCAGAAGAUUGUGGAUGGGGCAUUAUUGUCAAAUUUUUAAUAACACCCUCUUAAUUUCAGGGGAUAUUAGACAUGUUUGACAAAUCCAACUAGAGAAAUUCUUGUAAUAUAUUGUUCCUAUGGGUUUUAUUUCAGUUUUUCUUCUUUCUUUACUUUGACUGUUACAUUCGAAUCAAGAUUUGUUUCCAAGAUGAUUCUUAAAAUUUUGGACAGAUUAUAGUACUAGAAGUUUGUUGAUCUGCUAAAAAUCUUUCUUUUAUUUUUGGCAGAUUUUGGAAUUUUCAUUUUAAUUUGUUUUGCGUGUUUGUGUUGAGAAGAUAUUUUGAAUAAUUAUAAUCAGUACAGAUAGCAAAACACUAUCCUUUUGUAUUAAUAAUAUCUGCAUAGCUUUCAAUGUACUAUAAUAUCUGAUUAUUCAAUAGUUUUUUGUCAUACCUUCUAAUAAGAGGACAAGACUUAGUUUAAGCUAGUACUUUUCUAAUCUUAGAUAUAAUUAACAAUCCAUAUACUGUGGAUUCAUUUAUUUUCGUGGGUACCAAUUUUCGUGGAUUGAGGAAAACUUACAUUUUCGUGGAUAUUUGAUUUUGUGGUUUUGCCAAAGUCUGCAUGUAAGACUAUAGGAAAUUUUUUUAUUCGUUGAACAUUUAAUUUAGUGACAAGGAAAUCCACGAAAAUUGUUAUCCCACGAAUAAUAACGAAUCCACAGUAUUUAUUUGUAUACCAACUUUCACAUGCAUCAAACAAAAUUUAUAUUGAUGUUGUUAAUGUUCAGACUUUGCCGUCCAGUCAUUGACAUCCUUGGAAUCAUUUUCACUCCACUAAAGUUAGGUUUAUUGAUUUUCAAAAGUUUUUUUCUUCCUUUACCAUGUGAUAAAAGGUCAGUAAUUUAUUUAUAUGUGGAUUAUAUGUAUGCAGUAGAUGAUAAUCUGACACAUUGCCCUGGACUCAUUUUCAAGCUUUAGUGAUCAGGUUAAUUUUUCAGUAUUACAUAUUUUCCUCAGUUACUGUAUAUGAUAUAUAGAAGAAUAGUUGGUUAGUGAAUUUGUUGUAACAGCCAACUUACAUCUAAUGGCCUUGAUCCCAUUUUCAUGCUCUAGUCAUUAUGUUUUAGUAUUUUGGAUUAGUUAGUAUCUAAGAAAUUAUACAUGGGAGGUUAACAAUAAUGUGAUACAUUUUGAGAUAAUCAUGUGCAUAUUUCUACAGUUCAGCAGGCUAGUUAUUAUCAUCUUUACUAGCCAAGGGUUAUGAUCCAGUUCCUAUCUCUCCACCCUAGGGGGAUUAAGAUAGAAUUUUGGAUCCACGAGGUGAGGUAAUGAUUUUCAUUGGUCGCAGUUGUAACUGGCUGCAUCCAAUCAAAAAGCACCUUUAAGAUGAUCACAUGUAAAUGUACAAAAUGUAAAUAAACAAUUGCCACAUGCUGAUUGUGCAACAAGUCUUUAUCACCAAAACAUAGGACAAUAUUUAGUGAUAAUUCUAAAGUUCUUAAUCAACUGAUUGAAGUUCCUGGGUAUAUUUCUCGUGGAAAUGUUAGAAUGUCAAUGUAUAUUUUCGGUUCCUGUUUCAUGAAAUUUGUAAGUGCUAGACACAACAACAAUUACACCUCCAAACUGAAGAGAGUAUAAGUGCUGUCAUUGGUAAAAAAUGAUGUAGUUGGAAUGGGCGUGACUUUUAUCUACUGGUAGAUGGCGCAGCAUUGUAUUCACAAAUGUUGGCUUAAUCUGCCAAGGGUGGAGAGAUGGGGACUGUAUUGUAACCCUUGGCUAGCGAAGAUGGGUAUUAUAAGUGGUCAACUCUUGUAUUCUUCAAGGCUUAAUGAUACUUAUAAUUAACACUCAUACCUUAUAAAACAGUCAUGUAUUUUAUGAGCUUUUUGUCAUAGCACUUUUACUGAGUCACUUAAGUUGUUUUUGUGCAUUUGAGUCAUAUUGUAAUUUCUUAAGUGAUACUGAAUCCAAUUGCUCAAUUAUUAUGAAAGAUUUCAGUUUUUCUGUAAAUUGAAUUUCAUAAUGUGAUAGCAAUAAACAGUUACAGAAUUCUUCUUGACUUUAAUAAUUGUUUUAGAAAAGGAAAACCUUAGACAUUUAAAUUUAUUUAUGAUAUAGCAUGUUUGAUAUUCAUUGAAAUAUAGUCUUGCAGUAGGAAGUAAUUUUAAUUAUUUUAAGAAGAGGGAAAUUUGUUGAUUACUUGAUAUUUUGAUUUUUUGUCAACUUUGUGAUUCAUCUGACAUUGUAUUUGCAAAUUUUGGUGUUUUAAUUUGAGUCAUAGUAUGUGCCAUUUAUUUGUCUUGUGUACUUUAAUGUAUGUGAACAAA